AUGGAGAGAGCAGCAGCGGAGCCACACUUCGUGCUCGUUCCGUGGCAAGGAACCAUCAGCCACAUCAUCCCGAUGACCGACAUCGGCCGCCUCCUAGCCUGCCACGGCGCGGCGGUCACCAUCAUCACGACGCCCGCCAACGCGCCACUCGUGCAGAGCCGUGUGGAAGACCUCGCGACGCCGCCGCAUGGCGCGAUCACGGUCACCGCAAUCCCGUUCCCAGCGGCGGAGGCCGGCCUGCCUGACGGCUGCGAGAGGCUGGACCUCCUCCGGUCUCCCGGCGACGUGCCGCGCUUCUUCGCUGCCAACAAACAGUUCGGCGAGGCCGUGGCGCGCUACUGCCGCGGCAGCGAGGCGAUGCUGCGGCUGCGCCGACGACCGAGCUGCGUCGUCGCCGGGAUGUGCCACUCGUGGGCGCUCGGCCUGGGGCGCGAGCUCGGCGUGCCGUGCUACGUCUUCCACGGCUUCGGCGCGUUCGCGCUGCUCUGCAUCGAGUACCUCUACAAGCACAGGCCGCACGAGGCGGUUUCGUCAGCGGAUGAGCUCGUCAACAUCCCUGCCCUCCCGGCGUUCGAGUGCAGGGUAUCACGUUCGCAGCUACCGCCGCAUUUCGCGCCAUCGACGACCAUGGGCUGUGGGACGAUGCAGGAGAUACGGGAGUUCGACGUGGCCGUGGACGGCGUGGUCGUGAACAGCUUCGAUGAGCUGGAGCACGGCUCCUGCGCGCUUCUCGCGGAGGCGACCGGCAAAAAUGUCGUCGCCGUUGGCCCCGUUUCGCUGUUCCGGUCACCUCAUGUCGAUCCACAGGCCAUGACAGGCGAUGCCAGGCGGGUUAUGGAGUGGCUGGACACCAAGGAGUCCAAGUCCGUGGUGUACGUCAGCUUUGGCAGCGCCGGGUGCAUGCCACCGGCGCAGGUCAUGCAGCUAGGCAUGGCACUAGCAUCGUGCCGUUGGCCUGUGGUAUGGGUCGUCAAGGGCGCCGACUCCAUGCCCGACGACGUCAAGAAGUGGUUUCGUGAGAGCUUCGACAGCAACAAGUGCUUGGUAGUGCGAGGCUGGGCUCCCCAGGUCGCCAUCCUGGCUCACCGCGCCGUCGGCGGCUUCCUCACGCACUGUGGGUGGGGCUCGACUCUGGAGGCCAUUGCCGCCGGCAUGCCCGUGGCAACUUGGCCGCUUUUCGCCGAGCAGUUUCUCAAUGAGAGGCUUAUCGUGGACGUGCUUGGUGUUGGGGUAUCUGUAGGCGUGACAAAGCCAACGGAAAAUGUCCUCAGUGCUGGUAAGCUCAACGGAAGCAGAGCGGAUAUAGAGGUGGAGGUGGGUAUGGAACAAGUGAUGAAGACUUUGGAGAGGUUGAUGGAUGAGGGUGACGAAGGGGAGCAGAGGAGGAGGAAGGCUCAGGAGCUCAAGACGAAGGCAAAUAGAGCAUUAGAGAAGGGUGGGUCCUCCUACAUGAAUUUGGAGAAGCUAAUCCAAUCUUUGGUUUCAUGA